AUGAACAGAUCCAGUUAUGAAUCAGACUCUGAUAUUAGCAUUUCGUCGGGUCAUAGUUCAAGAAGAUUAACAUUAUAUAGUGAUGAUAAAGAAGGCCCAUCUACAAACAAGUUGAAUUUCCUUAAAAAUCCCAGCAGCAACAACAACAAUAAUGGCAAGCAUGAAAAACCAGCUGAAUUAUUCAGAAAAGACCUAAUUAGCGCCAUGAAAAUGGCUGACACCGAGGUUCUUCACCCGGAGGAUUACAUGCUGAUUGCCGAUCCCUGGAGACAGGAAUGGGAACGAGGAGUCCAGGUUCCUGUCAACUCACAAAUUCUUCACGCUUCUAGAGUUAGGCCAAAGAAGUUGCUACACGCGAUGCCUGACGACCAGUACAAAGUCCCCAUGCACGAAUUACACGAGACCCACAAACUGGCGGAGGAGGUGUGCCGGUACGACCUCGAUGACGUCGAUAUUCAUUGGCUGAAGAUUUUCAAUGAGCUUAAAAGUGAAUUCGGUCAGCUGGAGCUCCCUGAUUGGCUGAUGGAAAAAUUGAUCGAAGAACUGGAGAACAGAUGCUAUUCCGGGAUCAAGGCAGCUGAGGCGAUGGGCAUGGAAUACGAUGAAGAUACAUUCUGUGAUGUCUGCAGACUGCCGGAUGUAGAGGAAGGCAACGAAAUGGUGUUCUGCGAUGGAUGUGAUGUUGGAGUUCACCAGGUCUGCUAUGGUAUAUUGAAGAUACCCAAGGGUAGUUGGGUGUGUAGGGCAUGCGCGGUGGGUCUCAAGCCCAGGUGCGCCCUCUGCACGACUCAGGGUGGUGCCAUGAAGAGUACCAAGGAUGGCUCUCAGUGGGCACAUCUCUCCUGUGCCCUCUGGGUCCCGGAAGUCACAAUCGCGUGCUCGGACAAAAUGGAGCCCAUCGAUAACAUUGACGAUAUUCCUAUGACGAGGUGGAACUUGAUCUGCUGUGUGUGCAAGGAGAGGUCGGGUGCUUGCAUACAGUGCUGCGUCAAGAAGUGCAAAACUUCAUUCCAUGUGACCUGCGGCUUCAAGAUGAACUACCACAUGAAACUUAACCUCGAAGAUAACGAUAAGGAAUUACAGUUUAAAGCUUACUGUGGGGCUCAUUCCCGAAACAAGGACUCGUUGACGCCAACAAAGACGUCACAGACAGAUGAUGGCAGUUCUGAAGGAAAAAAAAUUGCUGAAAAAUCUAGAAGGCUACGAAAGAUUGUUGAUGAAUUUUACACUUAUGUAAACGUCAGAGAAGUUGCCAACACGGUCGGGGUUGACCUUGAAACGGCCUCAUUUGUAUUUGAGUACUGGAAACUCAAAAGAAAGUCGAACUUCAACAAAGCACUCCUGACCCCAAAAAUGGAAGAGGGUGACAUAUUGUUGAGGCAGAGGCAAGAUAGUUUGAUGGCCAGAUUGAGAAUGUUCAUUCAUUUGAGACAGGAUCUUGAAAGGGUACGCAACUUGUGUUACAUGGUGACAAAACGUGAGAGGACGAGAUGUCAACUUCAUCAGACGAAGCACAAUUUGUUCAUGCAACAAGCUGAUGCCCUUCACAAGAACGUACAAUCUCAGAAACUCAGCAGCAGCCACAUCAGUAGCCACGACAGCAACCACCAUAACGGCAUUGGCGAUGGUACUGAUUGUAAAUCUCUGUCAUUAAACUAUAAGAUAAUAAGUCAAGCUCACAAAAUUGAUGAAUCCAUCUAUGACAAACCAGCUGACAUUCGACGAGCUGCUCGAAUCUAUGAAAAUCGACUUGCCUCUGAGCCUUUAAACGAGAGUGAUGAUGAAGGCGAUUUCAAAUACAACUUCUACUUUACGUCGACUCAAAAUAAUUCUAACAGUAAUAAUGCCAGGUCUUAUUGUUCCAGUAUGUCUGCAGUGUCCAAAGGAAUGACUGAAAAACGUUUGUCUAUCAAUGACUUGUUGAAAUGUCAGCAGAGCAAAACCGUUAAGAAGUCAAAAAGUUCAAUUGGUUUGAAGCAGCAGAGUAAUAUUGGUAGUAGUGGUAAGAAAGUUGCUUCACCUCACUCAUCUCUGUCCACACCAUCUCUCCUAGCGUCGCCAUCCUCAUCUUCAUCUGGCACGCUGUCAGCCUCUGCAUCAGCAGCUGCAUCAGCAACUGCAUCAGCUAAUAAAAAGUUGUACAAAACAGAUAGAAAAAGUUUGAGCCAUCACGAGAACCCUUACGCUAAAUCUUACAACAAUUUCGCUUGGCUGCUACUCAGCAACAGGAAGAAAAAACAAUUAGAAGAAGAGAGGAUGGCUGAAGUUAAUGCCAAGAAGCAAGAGGAAUUAGUGAAUGUGGAAAAGGACGGGGGCCUUGAGGAGGAGAAUGUUGGACAAGUUACAGAAAAAUUGAACUAUACCUCAAAAAAUGAGACCCAAUUUGUAAAUGCUGCAACUGAUGAAAAGUUUGAAGAGAAACUUGAGAAGAAACCAAGUUCAGGUAAUGAUGAUGAGGCUACGCCCGUUCAACGAGUUGAUGCGAGAUUGAAUGUAAACGAAAGCAAGAAAACUGGCGACACCUUGCCAAUGAAAUGUGAAAUGUCCAUUCUAAGUUUGAAUCUAAAAAGAUUGCCAUUGAGAGAUGUUGAUGAGAAGUCUUCACUACUCUCUCUUCCUCCUAACAAGAAAUUCAAAAGUUCAUUCACUCCUUCAUUCAUUCCUCUUUACAAUCCACAAUCUGCUGCAGUUUCAACAUCCACCAUCGCUGCUACUCCGGCUGCCACAUCAAAGAAAGCAUAUUUAACCACGCCAUCCUCAAAAACGUCAUCAUCUGCUUCAUCUUUAACAACAGCAACUGCACAAUCAGCUUCAUCAUCCACGAAAAAGUCUCGAAAGUCAAAAUCAUUCUCCGUCAUUUUAUCAUUGCCAUCAUCAAAAUCUAAAGUUAAAAUGUCGCACACAUUAGAAGAUUGCUCACUCCUUACUAAUGCUCACAAUAACACUCCCCUCUUAAAUCUCUCAACAUCUAGCAGAGAGAUUGAACACAAAGAUAUUGACCACACAGAAUUGCAUAAUAAUUCAGACACAGUGGAACUCAACGUCAUGAAUGUUUCAAGCUCAAACUCUGCAAACAAAUUCAACAACUCUCCUGAUAAGAAUGUAUUUGCCAACAUCACUGAAUUUUCACUGUUGAACAGAAAGGACUCCAGUCCAAAUCUUCAGAAGAAUGAACCAGUUCCAUCCGCUGAUGAUUACCAAGCAACACUUCAACGAUUUUCAACAUCCUUUAUGAACAAGAUAGGCAAAUAUAAAUCUAAGAACAGCUCAAAGCUUAAAAAUAUGAUCAGAAAUAAUGGUAAACCUGCCACUGAAUCAAAGUCAUCGUGUUCAGCUGGGCUCAUUUCAAAAACUGCAAUAUCCAAAUCGACAUCUGGACAUCAGCUAAUCUCAACAAAUAAGGCUACAAGUCUGGAAGAUUGUACAAAAAUAACGAAAGCUGAAACCCAAGAAGAUGUUGACAUAACAGGCAGUUAUGAUGGCGACGAGGACAACGCUGGUGAUAAAGACAACAAAAACAACGACAUUAUCAUCAUUAAUGAUAACGACGAUGUUGAUGUUGUUGAGUUUCUUGACAGUUCAAAAGCGAGGAACUUGUGUUUGGAUAUUGCUACCGGGGAUGUGAAAAGUGGUGCGAAAGAGGAUGCUUCUGGCACUAAACCAGCUGCCGUUGGGGCUGAUGUUUUCAAAAGUAAAACUUUGAAGACGAAGCUACCUCUGGAAAGUAGUGUCUCCACUGCCAGUCAGAGUUCCACAAAGAUUAACAACAACAAAAAUAGUAAUAAUAAUAAGGUCAAUAUCAAAAACUCAAGUUCAAAUCAUGUCUCUUCGAACGGACUGUCAAGAAAUUUAAAAAAAUCGCCAACCGUCCGGUCCAAACUCGCCGGUCCACUCAACAAACAAUUACAGGUAACGCUGGAUAGGUAUCUGCAUAGUAAAAAAUCCAAUUCAGACGAUGACGAGGUGGACGAGGACGAAGACGAUGCCGUCGGCAGCCACACAGCACACUCUGCAUAUAUAAGCAUCUUCAAUAGCGACACUGUCAUCAAUCGUAAAAACGCCACUUCCACCUCGAAACCAUCCGUGCUGUCGUCGUCGUCGUCGCCUUCCUUGAUGCAAGCCUCUCGGCAUAGAAACCAAACUCGGUCAUUGAUCAGUAGCGUUAGCGAGAAAAAGAAUCCUUCCAGUAGUAGAAGCCGUUGUAGUGGCGGCGACAGCAGCUUCACGCUAGCUGCUACUAUUAAUAACGAAAAUAAUAAUAAUAUUAAUAAAAAUAAUAUGAAAAACAAUAAUAAUAAUAGUACUAUCAUCUCCACCGAACCUGUCGGCAAAAUUUGUCGGCUGGAAGUUAAGCUAGAUAAAAACUGCCCCGAGGUCAAACCCAACACCAGGUGGCAUUCUAAAAAUAGAAUUAGUGCUAUUAAUAGUAACAACAACAACAAACAUAAUAAUAAUAAUAAUAGUAAUAAUGGUAGUAAUCAUAAGGUAAACAUGGAAAAUGGUAAAAAUAAUAGUAGCUGCAAGGGAAGUGUCAUUAAACAAGAUGUGAAUGGCAAUAGUAUUGGUAGUUAUUUCGCUAGAGAACGCUCUUGACGCCGGUGGCUUUUGAUGCCGGUGGCUUUUGAUGCCGGUGGCUCUGCAGUUGCGAACGCACGCAUUGACUUUUAUUUUCAUUUGUUUUAAAUUUUGUAAGAAAAUUAAAGUAAAAUUUGUUAAAAAAAUUCGACUAAACUUUGCAAUUGCUAAAUUAAUGAUAUCUUAUGCAUGAUUGUAUACAUACCUACGCAUAUAUACAUAUUAUACAUAUACUUUACAUGGAACUUGUUCUAAUAAAGACGUUUCUGAAUUGUCGUCCUUUUUAAUAGAUGAAUAGGUUUUCUAUUUGAUUGGCUAUUAAUUUUAAUAUAAUUUAGUUAUUAUAUUGAUUGAAUUAAAGUUAGGCGUGCCUUCACACACUCUUAAUGUUAUUUCACUCACUAAUAUGAUCGAUAACGUACAAUAAUUGUGUAGUAUAAUUUUAUUGUCAAUAUAUUGUUUUGAAGGUUUUUCUUGGUCUGUUUGUAUAUUUAUGUUUGAUUUAUUGUUUGUUUGUACGUGUCUUUUUAUGCCGGUUUGCGUGUACGUACGUAUGUAUGUAGGUGUUUAUGUAUGUAUUUAUGUAUGUAUAUAUGUACGUAUGUAUGUACGUAUGUUAAAACUAAAUCAGCGAUGAGUGACACUAAACAGUCAAACAUCUGAAUGAAAUCGGUU